AUGCCUCCAAAGUUUGAUCCUUCUGAAGUUAAAUACUUAUACUUAAGAGCAGUCGGUGGUGAAGUUGGUGCUUCCUCCGCUUUAGCUCCAAAGAUUGGUCCUCUUGGUUUAUCCCCAAAGAAGGUUGGUGAAGAUAUUGCAAAGGCAACCAAGGACUUCAAGGGUAUCAAGGUCACUGUUCAAUUGAAGAUCCAAAACAGACAAGCUACUGCUUCUGUUGUUCCAUCUGCUUCUUCCUUAGUCAUCACUGCUCUUAAGGAAGCUCCAAGAGACAGAAAGAAGGACAAGAACGUCAAGCACUCUGGUAACAUUCCAUUAGAUGAAAUCUUUGAAAUUGCAAGAACCAUGAGAGAAAAGUCUUUCGGUAAGACUUUAGCUUCCGUCACCAAGGAAAUCUUAGGUACUGCUCAAUCUGUUGGUUGUAGAGUUGACAACAAGCCACCUCACGAUAUCAUUGAAGCUAUCGAUGCUGGUGCAAUUGAUGUCCCAGAAAACUAA